UUUCAGGUAGCAAAUGCCUCUGCAGUCUAUCAUGACCCACCCUAGGCUCACUGUGGGGGCGGGGAGGGGACUUGGGUGUUGUCAGACCACCUCUGGAAAAGCUCUGCACCUGGCCAAAGCCUGGGCCCCUGGCAGAGCCCAUCUAGGGUAUGACUCUCUCUCUCUCACACCCAGCAUCCCAGAGUUCUGUCUGGAGGACAUUCACAUCCCUGACUCCCUCCCUAUCUCUCUGUCCCCAGAGGAAUCUGCCAAAGACACAAGGGAGUACUAAGGGACUGAGGAACUGCCAAGAAGGAGACAGCGUGUGGCAGUGAGGCCCUCCUGGGGUGGGGCAUCUUUAAAGUGCGCUUGAACUUGGUUCUGCCUGCAGGAGGAUCUGUUGCUGGUUCUCUGUUGGGCAGGUGGGAGGUGCUCAGGGAAGGACACACAUUUGGUCCUCUGGGCCCUUUAUCCUCCCUGGUGAGCCUGGGGGUGCCCAUGGCCCAGCUCCACUCUCAGUCAUGUCCCUUGUCAGGUCCCUGUGGCCCUCCACUCAGCCGUCUCAUGCCUGACUGGUCAGGAACAAUCUUUUUACCUCUUCUUGGCCAGCUGUCUUGGCUUUCACACCUCCUCUGAAACCUGAACCCCUCCAGGAAGUUUCUCUGGGUGUCUGAGUGGCUCUGUGUCCCUCUCCCCUUCCCCACAGCUGGCCAGGACUGGGGUCUUCCAAGGUUCCCUUUCCUGGCCGACCCCCAGCCUAUGUCUCCUGUCCUGGGUGGGGCGGGGUCUCACAUUUCAGUCUGCCUUAGCCCUGGCCUGUUCUGUGGACUUUGGGUUUCCUUAUUGAUCUGAAAUUUUUCUUUUGUCAUGUGUUCUUUCAAUUUGUUCAAAGAGCCCAAAGUUGCUUUGACAUAUCACUGGCUGAGUUAUUUCCUUCUGAGUUAUUUGGGUUUUCUUCCAUGACUAAAUAUCAAAGACAGUAUUUUUGCAUAUGGCUCACCCAAUUCGGUGUAAGAGAAAGUACUAUUGGGCAAGAGAUCUGAAGGAGCUGGCUUAUCCAGGCCAGUUUCUCCCUAGGGAGCUCAGGAUAAGGACAGAAUCUGAACUUAGGCACCUUCCUUGAGUCUCACGAGUGUGCUGGUUGGCAAUGUCUCUCCCUGUCCCCAUUCUCGUCCUGAACCCAGAGCUUUUGAGAAUACGUAUAGUGGCUAAAGUAGGAUUCUGAGGAACACCAUUGCAUACUUCUAAGCCCUCUUUCUAUUCUGCGGGGUCUUCUGCCUGCUGUGUCCUCUCUUCUCGAGGUUCCUUGGUCCUUCUCAUGCUCAUUGCUGGCGAGUAGAACAUAAGAAGCAGUGAAUGCUUAGUCCAGGUAGUAGGCGCUCACUCUGAACAGGUCAGAGUACUCCGCCUCCAGGUAGACCUCAGCCACUUCACUGGGAUGUUCUCUGAUUCCCAUUUUUGACUGCUGUCCAGGGUUACAGGGUCCAAGGGUGCUCAGGCUGGGAUUUCUUUGUUGAAUUUGAUGUCUUUUUUUCUUUGUUUUUACUCUAGAGCUUUCAAACCAACAUUCCCUGGAAGGUGUGAGGCCCUGAAGGAUGUGUGGCCGGUUCCUGAGGCAGCUGGUGGCUGAGGAGAGCCGGCACUCCACCUCCGUGGGACGCCUCCUGCUCCCUGUGCUCCUGGGGUUCCGCCUCGUGCUGCUGGCUGCCAGCGGGGCCGGGGUCUACAGCGACGAGCAGAGUGAAUUCGUGUGUCACACCCAGCAGCCAGGCUGCAAGGCCGCCUGCUACGAUGCCUUCCACCCCUUCUCCCCACUGCACUUCUGGGUCUUCCAGGUCAUCUUGGUGGCUGUGCCCAGCGCCCUCUACAUGGGUCUCACUUUGUAUCAUGUCAUCUGGCUUUGGGAAGAGUCAGGAAAGGGGAAGGAGGAGGAGACUCUGAUCCGCCGAGGGGAGAAGAGCAGAGAUGCCUCCGGUCCUGGAAGCCCCAGGCUGCUCUGGGCCUAUGUGGCACAGCUGGGCGUGCGGCUGGUCCUUGAGGGGACAGCCUUGGGGGUACAGUACCAUGUGUAUGGGUUCAACGUGCCCAGCUCCUUUGCAUGUCGCCGAGAGCCUUGCCUUGGUAGUAUAACCUGUUACCUGUCCCGCCCAUUUGAGAAGACCAUCUUCCUAAAGACCAUGUUUGGGGUCAGUGGGCUCUGUCUCUUGUUCACGCUUUUGGAACUUGUGCUCCUGGGCCUGGGGCGAUGGUGGAGGGCCCGGAAGCACAGAUCUCCCCCUUCUAACUACUCCCCAACUUCAGAGAGCACCAGAAGACACAAGGAACCGACUGAAAACUUCCCAGCGGUGGAGACCAAAGAGCCGUUCCGAGAAGCAGAGUUAUGAAGCCACCUGGUUCGCCUCUGAAGGGAACUCUGCAAUUGGAUCUUCUUCCGAACAUCCAGUGAGUGGGGAUUUACUUCUGUGACAAAUGAGAGGCUGUUGAAGCAUCUCUAAGGGCCAUGGUGGGCCACGCUGCCUAAGUCUUGCUGGGAGAUUUCCCCCUUGUGCCUUCCUGCCAGAAUCCUCUGGCGUCAGCUUUACAAUGAUCACGGGCUUGGUUCCAGACUCAGACAGCAGAAGCCUCCGUAAAGCUGUGCUUCUCCCCUGUCCUGCACAAUAAAUUCUGACCACUGCUGUUGGCAUUCCUGUGGCUGAA